AUGCCUUCAGCGAACACGGAAGACUUGCGGCGAAAGUUUCUAGUAGUGCAGCAGCAGCGCUCAGCACCGCCCAAUCUGGCUGGCGACAGUCUGCCCUCGGCGAUACCCAAUGUCGGUGUCAACUCCGCGACCACCAGCCUGAUGAUGACGACGUCCACGGGCCUGGGAGGAGUGACAAUGGGCGCUGGAGAACCCGAGCGAACCUAUGUCUUCCCAGGCGGCAAUCCGCUAGUAGGUAGCGCACCUGGCGGAGGACAGGGCAUUCCCGGAGUGGCCAUGGCGGCUCCCUCGAGGGGCCAUGCCCGCUCAAUAAGCCAUGGCGGAGGAGCCAUUGUCGGGGCCAACGGACGACCCAUAAAGUCGGCCAUGAAGGGCCAUCAGCGGGCCUUUUCGCAGGGUCAAAUCACAGAUUCACCACCUGGAAGUGCUGCGCCUGCGGGUAGAGGCCAUAGUCGCGUGGGAUCCAAAACGGAUUUUAUCCUGCCACCGGGUCACAAGGAGGAACCGGCGAGGGAACCCUCGGCGCCCACAUCAGCGGCUGGGGGGCGUGGCCAUUCGCGGCAAGCCUCGAGAUCCGAAUCAAUAUACACACUCCGGCGUACAGAAGUACCGCCCUGGUGGAAACGACUCAGCCUGUGCAAUUACAACACCGCCGAUAAGUUGGAGGAGCGGAGCUAUCGGAUGGUGGUGCCCAAUCACACGGUGCCACCAAAGACACCCAAAAGGGACCAUCCCAAUGGGCAGUUUGUGGGCAACAAGAUACGGACGACGAAGUACACGCUGCUCUCGUUCAUACCGAAGAACCUGCUGGAGCAGUUCCAUCGAGUGGCCAACUUGUACUUCAUCUUCAUCGUCCUGCUCAACUGGGUGCCAGAAAUCAGCGCCUUUGGCAAGGAGGUGGCCAUGAUACCGGUGCUCUUCGUCCUGGGAGUGACGGCCGUAAAGGAUCUCUUCGAGGAUCGGAGAAGAAGGGCGUCCGACAAGAGGAUUAAUAACACCACAUGUCGGGUGUACGAUGGAGAGACGGAGCGGUACAAGAAGGUGAAAUGGCAGGACCUGCGUGUGGGGGACAUUGUCCAUCUGUCCAACAACGAGACGGUGCCGGCGGAUAUUCUGCUGUUGCGGACAAGCGACCCCCAAGGGGUCUGCUACAUAGACACCUGCGAUUUGGACGGGGAAACGAAUCUGAAGCGUCGCGAGGUUGUACGUGGCUUUGAGGAGAUGCAGAGCAUUUUUGUGCCCAGCAAGUUUGUGAGUCGCGUGGAGGCGGAUGCGCCGACAACGAAGCUAUAUAGAUUCCAUGGGGCCUUAAUACAUCCAACUGGGGAGCGUGUGCCCAUAUCGACCGAGUGCCUUUUGCUGAGAGAGAGCAGACUGAAGAAUACGGACUAUAUCGAGGGUAUCGUGGUCUAUGCGGGACAUGAAACCAAGUCAAUGCUAAAUAAUAGUGGUCCAAGGUACAAGCGAUCCCAGGUGGAACAGCAAAUGAAUAUUGAUGUGAUAUGGUGUGUGAUAAUAUUGUUGAUAUUGUGCGUUGUUGGCGCUGUAGGUUGCAGAAUGUGGUUGAGCUCGUUUACCCAAUUCCCGGUGCCAUAUCUGCCGCCGAAUAAACUGACUGCCAAUAUGGAGAGCAUGUGGAUUUUCUGGACAUAUAUCGUGAUCCUGCAGGUGAUGAUUCCUCUCUCCCUCUACGUGACCAUCGAGCUGUGCAAGAUCCUGCAGGUCUUUCAUAUCCACAACAAUGUCGAUCUAUACGAUCAGGAGACUAAUAAGCAGACGGAAUGCCGAGCGAUGAACAUAACAGAGGAGUUGGGACAGAUCCAGCAUAUAUUUACUGACAAAACAGGUACUCUCACUGAGAACAAGAUGAUCUUUCGACGCUGCGUUGUAAACGGAUCGGAUUACAAUCAUCCGCCCUCGGAGCUGGAAAAGAUAUAUUCGAAGCCAGGAGCUCCGGCUCCGCCGCUAAUUCCGAAUGAUAACUUAAAUAAUGACAUGGCGCAACUCACACAAGGAGUCUAUCUCACACCACAUGCGCAACGCAUCCAAGAGUUCCUGGUGGUGCUGGCUAUUUGCAACACGGUUAUCGUGGGUGCCGCCCCCCAUCGAGAUUUGAUGAAUGCUAGUGGAAUCAUCGAGGUGCAGCAAAUAGGCAAUAGUCCGGCGAACCUCAAACACGGCAAGCAGCGACAGAAGCUAUUGGCCAGCAGCACAACGACGACCACAAGGACAACCAUAAUAAAUGGACCUGCGACACAGCAACAGGCUGUCUCCAUUCCAGCGGAUCGUUAUAUCCGCCUGGCGGAAUCACGAUCGGUGACUCCUUCUCCGCCGCCUAAUCUACUCUUUGCGCUGCCAGCCCAGAGCCAUCAGCCCACUCUCUCGCCUAUCAGCAGUUCGGCGGAAUCGUCUCCGAACUCCGAAUCUGAAUCACCAUCACCGCCGAUGAAAAACAAGGCGCUUUCCAACAGUAUUUCGCCCACAGGAAGAGCCAAGGCGGUGAUCAACUCUAAGAUCACUAGUAUAGCAACCUUCCUGAAUGCCAAAACUCAGGGAAAGCGGUUGAAAUUACCAUCAUCCAAAACGGAGACGAUUUACAGAACCGCCGAUGGGCGGCCGCUUUACGAAGCCGAGAGUCCCGAUGAGUUGGCCCUGGUGAAUGCUGCCUACAGCUAUGAAUGCUGCCUGCUGAACCGCAGUGCCAACCAAAUCUUGGUCAGCAUGCCCACAACGGGAGCCACAAGGGAGUACGAGAUCCUCAAGGUACUGCCCUUCGACUCCAGUCGCAAGUGCAUGUCCAUUGUGGUGCGGCAGAUAGGCACCCAGGAGAUUGUGCUGUACACCAAGGGUGCGGAUAGCUCCAUCAUGCCCGUCUUGGUGCCCUGCUCGCAUAACAGUCCCGAGGGCAUCCUGCGAGAACAGACCCAGCAACAGCUGGAUCGCUAUGCCCGCGAGGGUCUGCGCAUCUUGGUGAUGGCCAAGCGGACCCUGAACUCCGCCGACUAUACGGAUUGGUGGGCGCGUCAUCAGGAAAUCGAGAUGUCGCUGGAGAACCGCGAGCGAAGAUUACGCGACUCGUUCGCGAAGUUGGAAAGCAAUCUGACCCUGUUGGGGGCAACAGGAAUCGAAGAUCGCCUACAGGAUGGAGUGCCGGAGACGAUAGCAUCGCUACUCUCCGCUGGGAUCUCAGUUUGGGUUCUGACUGGCGACAAACCCGAAACGGCCAUAAACAUUGCCUACUCUGCAAAACUAUUCACCCAGCAAAUGGAGCUCAUCAGGUUGACAGCACGAUCCCGCGAUGCAGCGGAAACAGCCAUAAACUUCUAUCUGACUGACAUGGAGAAUGACAAGACAACAUCCUCGUUGGGCUAUGGCCAGACGUUAAGAAAGAAACAGCGUGCAUUGGUAGUGGAUGGAAAGACGCUUACAUUUAUUCUAGAUCCAAAGUCCAAGCUGAUUAUGCCGUUUCUGCGGUUGUCCAAGCGGUGCGCAUCGGUACUUUGUUGCCGUUCCACGCCGCUGCAGAAGGCGUACCUAGUCAAAGUUGUCAAAGAGGAGCUCAACCUGCGCACACUGGCCAUCGGGGAUGGCGCCAACGAUGUGUCCAUGAUCCAGAUGGCAGAUGUGGGCGUUGGAAUCUCAGGUCAGGAGGGCAUGCAGGCCGUCAUGGCCGCCGAUUUCACUCUGCCCCGCUUUCGUUACCUGGAGCGCCUGCUGCUGGCACAUGGCUAUUGGUGCUAUGAUCGAUUGUCCCGCAUGAUCUUGUAUUUCUUCUAUAAGAAUGCGGCCUUUGUCUUUCUGAUAUUCUGGUACCAGUUGUAUUGCGGAUUCUCCGGCCAAGUGAUGAUGGAUCAAAUGUAUUUGAUGCUGUACAAUUUGAUAUUCACCUCGCUGCCGCCCUUGGCCAUUGGAGUGUACGAUAAGCGUGUGCCCGAAGAUCUCCUGCUAAAAAAUCCAUAUCUCUAUAAAAAUGGUCGACUGGGCGUAGCUUAUAGACCGCAUGACUUCUGGCUGAUAUUACUGGAUUCCCUCUAUCAGAGCUUGGUCAUAUUCUUUGUGGCGCUGUGCGCCUAUGCGGAGAACGAUGUGGGGAUCUGGGAGUUCGGCACGACGAUAACGGCGUCCUGCCUGUUCGCCAAUCUCGUGCACUGUGCCAUUGAAAUACGUUCCUGGACUGUGCUGCAUGUCUUAUCCAUAGUGGUUAGCUUAGGUUCCUUCUACCUCUUUUCGUUUGUGUACGAUUCGAUGUGCUUGAACUGCUUCGGAGUGCGCUCCUCGUACUGGGUGAUCUUUAUGUGCUUCGGCUCUGCAGUCCACUGGCUGGUGAUAUUGCUCUCCACAGUGGUGGCUGUUCUGCCACGCCUGCUCCUGACCACCGUGCGCAUCUCGCUGUGUCCCGACGACAGCACCAAGGUUAUCCUGCAAAGCAAACGUGAGCGCAGCAGAGGUGAGGGUUUGUUAGUUACUUGGUCGCGCUCCACGUCAGCCUCAUCAAUCUAUAGAAUCACCGAUUAUGGGUCUAAGAAUCAGAUUAUAACAACGAUUACCUGAUGGAGCGCCAAAAUGCAAUUCCUCGGCUAUCUCAGCAGCAACUAGAAUAAGAUAACACGACUAGCAAUCCACAAAUGUGUACACAUGUGCUUUCACUCUAAAUAUGUGGCCUUUGACACCGAUUAUUAAUAAUAUUGCUUUAGUUUAGUUGAUCCACUUUGGUCCGUAGGUUCCGAAAGCAUUUAGCUUUAAUGUACUUAGUGAUCAAUUGUAAUGAUUUGUUUAGCGAAUGAUUUGUUGCAGACGCGCUUAGAUUUCCGAGUUAUCGUUCCGAGUUUUAGUUAAAAUGUUAAGGCAAGGAAAGCAAUUGCACAAUUGCACGCAUGUCAUAGUUUACAUAUUUAUUUGUAUAUAAGUAGAGAGCUAGUGCUCUAGGACCGAACCCAACCUAACCGACUAUUGUUAAAGAGAACCGAAAAUACAAUGCUAAUUCACGUGGGUACAAUGUACGAUAAUUUAAACUAGCUACUUAUAUAUGUAUCACCCUAACAGAAAUACUUGACAAUUCAAACACAACAGGACUCCAUUGCGAGUCCGAUGAAAAGGCUGUGAUUCUACACUCAUGAAGGAUAUAUAAUUAUAAGAUUAUAAGAUUAUUAUACACACACCUAUAGACCUAGACUUGUACGUUAGUUGCAUUGAUUCAAGUAUUGACAGAAUUGUUUCUCACCUUCUGUUUCUUAGUUUGUUGUGUGAACAAGUGAAUUUUUUACUUUUUUAUUGAGACCAUGCAAUGACAAGUGGUAAUAAUCGAUUGUUGUAAUCCAUUAGUUGUACUAAACCAUUUACUCUACUCGUAGUCCUCUUCAAAAAGAAUACAAUAAGACAACCUCUAAAUGCAAUUCGAAAAACUUAGUACGUUAACAGGAUGAAUACCAGAGAGCAAAAAUCGUUAGCUGAAUAUUUACAUUGUUGAAAAGCAAGAAAUCAUUAAAUGAAAUAAAUGUAUAUUUACCUAAA